UAGAACUUUCAUUAUAUAAAAGUAUAAAUGAUGAGCAAAAAUGGAUUCCACGGAUAUAUUAUUUUGAAAAUCAAUGGCUAAUAAUGGAAGAUUUGAUGUCAACAGGGUAUGGAUUAUCAAAAUUAAUUACUUUGGAUUAUGAUCAUUGUACAAUAGCAUUAAAAACAAUCGCUAGAAUGCAUGCGUAUGGUUUCACAAACAAAUAUAAUACUAAAUUUUCCGAAAUGACCGAAAAAAUUUCUGAAAACAAAAGUCUUGCUUCUUGGUUUAAUGAAAGUGUUGAUAUAUUAACUACAGCACUAGAAACAAUGCCUAAUAGCAAAGAUAUAAAUAACACCUUUAAAAAAUACUGUGAAUCGUUAUAUAAAUCCUUUACAUCUGAGAAAUAUCCAAAAUCACUUUGCCAUAAUCAGUUAUUGAGAAAAAAUUUGAUGUUUCGAUACAAUAAGUAUAAUAAACCAUUAUGUUGCCGUUUUAUAAAUUUUCAAUCAAUUAGUUUAUCAUUGCCCACUAUAGAUAUUUUCACCUUUUUAUAUUCAAACACGACUUCUGAGUUCCGAGAAAAACAUUUAUUUGAAUUGACAAAUUAUUACUACAAUGAACUUUAUAUUAUUGAAGAAUUAAGCGAUGAAUAUUAUAAGCAAAUGUUAUUAGAAAUAUUUCAUGAAAUUCAAGAAAUAUCAAUUCAAAGAAAUAUAUCCAAGGAAUUGUGCAUGAAGUUAAUUAAUGAUAGUUGCGAGGGCUAUAAAAUAAAUAUAAAAAGUUUUGCAUGUACUCCAAUUUCGGGCAAAAGUGGUUUUUUGGGUUCACAUAGCAUAUUGCAUAUUAAUGCAAAUAUUGAUGAUGAAUUAACGAAAAUUCAUUUUUUUGUGAAAUUCUUGCCCACAGAACCUGGCCAAAUGUUCUUUCUCAAUAUUAUUCAGGGAUUUAUACGUGAAGCAUUAAUUUACAAAGAAAUAUUUCAGAUAAUGACUAGCUUAAAAAUAAACGUCAACACAAUUAUUGCUAAUUGCUACAUGGUUUGUAGUAACGCUUUAGUGUUUGAUCUUUUAGAAGAAUACCGUGUACUGCCUAAGAUUAAAAUGUUUGAUUACAAGCACGUCGAAAUAAUGUUCAAAAGUUUGGCAAAAUUACAUGCAGCCAGUGUUAUUUUAGAAGAGAAACUAACUGAACGAGAUGGAGAAUGUUUUAUAUUAGGUGAAAAAUAUCGUAAUAUAUUUUUCGAAUUUAUGUAUCAGAAUGGAAAAAUAGUUACUGCCAUGCCAAUGGGAAUAAUUUUAGUCAAUGAUCUUCUAUUAAAUUUGAUGGACAGAAAAUGCUUAAAAAAGAAACUAGAUACAUUAUUGGAAAAACUUCCAUAUUAUACAACGGCCUCAUCGAAAUAUCGAAAUUUUGGUCGCUAUUUACCACAGUCACACGAUGUUAUGUGUGCGUUACAUCAAACGACUACUAUUGAAACUCGACAAAAGCAUAAGUUACAAUUGCAAACACAGUAUUAUAAAUAUUUUAAGAAAGAAUUGCAAGAGCAUGAUAUAAAUUGUGAAGAUGUAAUUACUUUUGAAGAAUUUUUAGAAAGUUGUGAAGAAAUGGAACCAUUUGCUCUGUUACAAACGGCAAGAAAUUUUCAAUUUUGGAUGAUGUCACCGGAAUAUGAAAAAGAAUAUUUUAGUAAUCCUGAAUUACAAAAUCGAUUUAAUGAUGGCGAUGUAUUCGAUUUGAUUUCAAGGAAUUUACAUACAAAAGCAUAUAGGGAAAUCAUGCAAGACACUCAUGGUCCCUUACUGGAAUAUUUAAAAAGAGUCUGAGUUGAAAAUGGAAAAAUAUGCAUGAAGUUAUUGGUGAAUGACACACUUAAAAAAUAUUUAC